AUGCAGACUGAAGGAUUACUGAAGAUACAAAUCUCGCCAGAGCCGCUUUAUAAAUUCUUUAAAAGCGAUUCUAAAGCUUCUGGAGACUUUGAGUUUGAGAAGAUCUUGGCAUAUCGCGAUAAUCCACUCUUAGAAGAGUUGGAAGAACUAAGAGCUGAGCUUGAGAUCAUGACUGAAGAUCGUGAAAGGGUAAGGAAGUUCAAUGAGCAGCUUUUGAAUAAAAGCAGAGGAAAUGGAGAAUUAAUUCUUAACUUAACUUACUAAUUAUAACGCUUAACGUCCACUACGGGGUUGGCUAAGCCCAGACCUCCGCUCGCCUUUCGUCGCAUCGGGCCCACAGACCUCUGGGCCGGUCCGCUUCGUUCACCAAGGUGCGCCUAGGGGCAAGUGUUGCCGGCUUCGGCGGCUCAUGGAUGAGCUACUUGCUUGUGACAUGGGUUGCCAUUCCGAAAACCCAAAAAAUGGAUUUUCUGGUAGGCUUUCGGCAAAAAGGAAAAACACGUAGCCUGGGACGUAACGCCCAGUUUCACGCUAGGGAGUUGCCCGAUGGGUCGUGUGGACUCUGCUGGGCUUCCCCUUUCCAACUGCCGUGCUUUCCUUCCCCACGAGGAAAAAACCAUCUCUGAGAGUAGACUAGGGCUAGGCUCUGUACUCCACCAGAAUUGCUUACCUAGCAUUGCCGUCCAUCUCUGAAAUGGCAAAACCUUGCCGAUAUAAUUAAAAUAUGGCGUCUUCGUCUGGGCAUGGCCUCCGGCCAUGCAGCCUCAACUCAUAUUUUAAUUAUGGAGAAUUAAUUCAAAGAUUGCACUUUGAAUUGCUGCUAAAAGUAAACGCAAAGAAUGAAGAUGAAAAAAUCAAAAUUUAUAAAGAACUAUAUGAAGUCAAGAAAAAAUUAGCUGAAAAAGAAAAAAUUUUGGAAUCGAUGAGGAGCAUAUUGGGAGGUCAAUCUAAGCCUGAAAGUUUUGUAAGUGAGAAAAAACAGACAUUGCAUAAAAAGUCAGCAAGCUUGUGCGGAAAUGAAAAAUUGCUUGAAAGGAAACUAGGCUGUGGCAAUAAAGCAACUCAGAAUGGCUUUAAUUUUUCAAGUAAUCAAAGAAAAUUUACAUCAUCAGGAAUAAGAUCUGGAAUGAAAAUUACUUUGCAUUCUGCCCGAAAUUCCCCAUCCCCAAACAGAUUAAUGUAA